ACACCUCCUCGAAACCCUAGCGCCGGCGCCUCCACUUCGUUUUCCUCACUCUCUCCUCCAGCUCAGGGUCCGGCGGCGAAGGGAAGGCAAGAUGUACACCGCGAGGAAGAAGAUCCAGAAGGAGAAGGGCCUUGAGCCCUCCGAGUUCGAGGACUCCGUUGCCCAGGCUUUCUUUGAUCUGGAGAACGGGAACCAGGAGCUCAAGAGCGACCUCAAGGACCUGUACAUCAACAAUGCUAUCCAGAUGGAUGUUACCGGGAGCAGGAAGGCUGUUGUCAUCCACGUCCCAUACCGCCUGCGCAAGGCCUUCAGGAAGAUCCAUGUCAGACUCGUCAGGGAGCUGGAGAAGAAAUUCAGCGGCAAGGAUGUGGUAAUUGUUGCUACAAGGAGGAUUGUGAGGCCACCCAAGAAGGGUUCAGCUGUUCUGCGCCCUCGCACCAGGACUCUGACUGCUGUUCACGAUGGCAUCUUGGAGGAUGUUGUCUACCCAGCUGAGAUUGUGGGGAAGCGUGUCAGAUACCGUCUGGAUGGUUCCAAGAUUAUCAAGAUUUUCUUGGACCCAAAGGAGAGGAACAACACUGAAUACAAGCUGGAGACCUGCACUGCGGUCUACCGCAGGCUGUGUGGGAAAGAUGUGGUCUUUGAGUACCCUAUGACCGAAAAUGCAUAAAUAUGAUGCCCUCUGGAUAUCUCCACUCUAUUUCGUUGAUUCUGAAUGUUAUGUUGGGUCUCCCUAUGUACUUCAAAAACAUAGUUUUGAUGCUAAAGUUGCCUAGCAAUUUGGUACGGGGAAGUGGCAGUGGACGUGAACAAUGUUAAGUUUUGAGCAUUUAAAUUAAACCUUUGCCCUGA